UCGAUGGAGGAGUAUGGGUGUUCGUAAUAAAUUAUAUUUUUGUGACUCAUGUUUUAUGAUAAGCCUCUCUAAAAAUCAUGUCUAAGAAUAUUGUGUUUGAGGGGUGGUUAACCAAAUCGCCACCCACAAAACGCAUUUGGAGAACGAAAUGGCGGAGAAGGUGGUUUGCCUUGCGGCAGUCAGGCGAGCUCCCUGGCCAAUAUUUUCUAGAUUACUACGCGGACCGGAAUUGCAGGCGCCUCAAGGGCACAAUCAACUUAGAUUUGUGUGAACAGGUUGAUGCCGGUUUACAUAUGGAACGUACAGGCAACGGUACACUUGACCCUAAGUUGCGUGGAUCAGUGUUCACAAUUCAGACUCAGUCACGGACGUACCACCUAGAAGCUGACUGUGAGGCUGACAUGGAGAAGUGGGUUGAUGCAAUCUGUAGAGUUUGUGGACUACGUGCAACUGAUGAUUCUUCAAAUGCUUUGGAUACAUAUCAAAAUAAUUUGAGCACAAUGUCUGCUAUGAAUGAGCAGUAUGACGGGGCCGACACUACUGGACCUUAUAUACCCAUAUCAGAGUGCAUCACUGGAGUACGGGCACAGGACACUUCAGCUUUCACGUUCGACCCAAAGAACAUAGUGGUAAGCACAAGGACGCCGCUGGAACGCGUCUCAGACAACAGAAACCACCAGAUGUACCUGAGCCAGCCGCACAUCAGGCUGAACAACACAGACUUCUCAGAGAAUGAGUCUAACCUUAGCGAUGAGGAGUGCAAGUCACUGAAUGCUAGUCAACCAAACAUAAGGGACUGGUCCGUAGCAAAGACUUUCACAAAAUUAGCAAUUAGUCCGAAGAGGAAUGGAAUUUCCGGCCCUCCAGUGCCUCCUAGGCCCCGCAAGACAUUAAAAGAUUCCUACCAGGGUCCUAAAAUACAAGAACCUGUUGAAGUUCAUGAUGCGUCGAUGUGCAUGUUGCGCGCGCCAAAGCGGAGCACACUGGGGGCUCCGCUGUCGCCAGGCCGGGCGCUGCUCACCCCCGCCGUGCGGUACACCGACGACGAAGACGAUAUCUCACCGGGGCUUCAGUCGAUGCAAUAUUGCAAUCUGCCCUCUCUCCCGCCUGCCGUGGACCGGGCGCUGAAGCCUCGCCACUCUAGCAUAGGACAUAUCAAUCAUCUUAUUGGACAGGCGGUUUUGCAGCUCACCCCACACGAUGACAUCAAACCUGACGUCUUACAAUACCUAGAUUUGGAUCUGCAUUCGUCCAAACCUGCGCCAUCAAAGCCACAAGAACCGCCGCCGAAGAUGAAGGAUGUUGCUCACGGGAAGUCGUUGUCGGCGGUGGAGGCUGAUUCCGACUAUAAAACCGUGGAUUUCCUCAAAACCGAGGCUUUCAACAUCACGCGGCAGGACGCCGAAGCAUCUAGGAGCAAUCAUCAUUAGGCAUUGAAACUGCUGACUGGAUUCGUCAUGUAUGACUAAGCACGUACAGGCAGGUUCCUCUUUUGCACUGAACGAAACUGGUAAUCGUUGAUACUAUACGCUAUAUAGUUGAUCGAAACAUGCAUGAAAUCGUUACGCAGAUGCUGCGAUCAGACUUUUUAAAUGUACAAGUAUAUUUAACAUAUUUUUUCUAUAUGCCCCAGACCUGAAAGACAAAAUGCAUAGGUAAUGACGGUUUUCAUAUUCUGAAUAUAUAUUUAGAAUUAUCUUGUUACUAGUAAGUGUCUUAAAUUAUUAUAUUACGCUGCGCGAUAUUAGUUCGGACAAAGUAAUCCUCAAAGAGAGUCGCUGUAGGCUCAAUUCCUAAAAUAGCAACUAAUUUAUUAAAAUGGGCAACAUAUAGUUUAACACGUGAUCGUGUUUACUGUGUAACUUACAAUUAGAUAUCAACCUCUCACGUGCAAUGUUAUUUCUCGAUAAACACAUUGGAUUUUUUGUAUAUAUAUUAUACAGACUAUGGCAAGAAAAAAUGUGUGCAUGACGUAUGAGUUUCAAAUUUAUUGCCUCAUAUAUGGUCAUUUUGAGAUUCGGCUGCGAAUUCGUCAGUUUAGCAAUUUUGAUUAUUGGACCUUAUAAGAUUCUGUUGCCAUUUUGAAAAGUGGGCCUUCGGCGGCUUAAUCCCUUGUUUUCUUCCUAUGCACAUGUUUAUAAUUUCACUGGAUAACGUGUCGUGUCAUGUGCGACCUCAAUAUUAAGGCAUAGCUUGAUCUAUAUAUAACCCGUAAUGAUGUAUUGUAAAUGAUGAAAGAUCGAAUGGGCCUAUAACACAAAUGCUAUUAUGUGAAGUACAUGAAAUUUUAAAUUUUUAGUGUUACAAACAUAACCGUAAGUACUACAGUUCCCUCCAAUCUCCGUCAAAGAUUGUUUCAGCUGGGUCCACAUUAUUGUAUCUAGCGAAUCGCGACAGAAUAUCAUGAGUUCAUCCACAUUUUCGACCGUGAAGCGCGCCGGUGAUACUGUUACAAAAUUAAAAUGUAACAUUUGCGAACUCGGUUUAAUCCAAAUUCAUCUAUAUAUCGCAGGACUUGUGGACGCCAUCUGUAAUGUGUAAAGACGCAUAUGAGCUUUAAAUGAUUAUCAUGACAAAAACUUUGGAAUUUUCAAAAGACCUCUUAGCUCUUCUAUAGAUAAUUCUCUUUAAUUGUGUUGUCCUUUAUAUGAUAUACGAGUAUAAUAAUAUUAUUGUUGUUAUGAAGUGGUUAUUUUUAUUAGAUGCACAAUAGGGAUAUAAUCACGAUGAUAUUGGUCGGUGCUUCUCUGGCAGACAUUUCCUCAGCCUUAAUAAUGCAUUUACAUGAAGCGAGAGUCUUAACGUAUCUUGAUUAUUUAUGUAUAUUUCUCUUAUGUUCCUGUACAUGUGACACCAUCAAAUAGCCUGCAAGAAUACGCCUAGCCUUAGUAAUAUUAUACAUUAUAGGGUACUUGACGGGGUCAAAUAUUAAUUUGAAAAUAGAACCCAGUCUAAAAUCAUCAAAAAAUCGUUUUCAUAUUGACUUACUUCGGAAUUUUAAAGUAACAAUGACGUUUGACCGCUUUUAUUGAUGAUGUCACAUGGACAGUAUUUCAUUUGACUAUGUUCUCAAAUAGCCUAUUGGUGCAUCUCUAGUAAAUAUAAUCUACCCUCUAAGCUAAGCGUUUUAUGAACAUUUUACUUGAUAUUUGUAAUAUGUAAUUUAUGAAAAUAGUAAAUUUCCAACAUUUAUAUUUAUUUAAUCAUCAUCAUCAAUCAUGAAUAAUUAUGUUACAUAAUUUUAAAUGCAGCCGACCUUUAAUUAGACAGAACGAUAUGAUUUUUUGGUUUGCCAUGUUAGCACCAAUACGACAUAAUGUGUCGUGAGAAUCGAUAAAAUGACCGUGACAAAAUAUUAUCACGUUACGCAUGUCAGCCCUGCUUGUCGCAUUAAUUGAAUUGACUUUAUAUCUAAGGCCUCGCUAAAUUAUAAAUAUUUCAAUAGGAAAGGUUUCUAUUGUACGCACAUGACAGUAGACGUAGGUAUUCUUGUACAAUAGUGGCACAUUAUAUAACAGUAUUUUGAAUUAUCUACGUGUAUAACGCUUUCGGUGCGCUGAAAACAAAAUUAAAUGCAAAAUUGGAAUUGUUAUUUUAUAAAAAUACCAUUGUAUACACUAUAAAACUAUUAGAUAAUACUGUAUAAAUUAUUAUGCGAAUCGUCUGCGUGUAAGCAGCGUUAGUAAUAUUGUAAAACACUAUAUGUACCUAGUAAUGUAUGGGCGAUGAACUAUUUUAGAUCUUCACCAUCGGUUCGUACUAACGGAUGUCUUUGGUAAUUUUGAUUAGCUAAGGAUAUGUUGAUUGCUAUAGAUGCCGUCAGUAUACACCGUCAUUUUCUAACCAAUUAUCUUUGUAUAUUAUCUAGUAGAAAUUGGAUAUUUUAUAUAACUUACUGCUAGUGUUAUUGAAUAGACAAUUCGUAUUUUGUAGUAUUAUUAUGGACGCACAAUUUUGUCUAUGUACAAAUUAGGUAUUGUAUGGGAUGGGGAUUAAAAAAGUAUAUACACUAAUACUUAUUUCAUGUAUUUUGUCACACAGUAUUCUAUAUUAUUGAAAAGUACUUAAAAUUCGUGGUCUCUAUUAAAUUUUAAUAACGUUUAAAGUUUUCUAUCGCGUUUCGACAACGUCAGAUUAUAAUGUUAAUGUUAUAUUCUACAAAUGUAGUAAAGUAUAGAAUGAUGUUUAAUGUAGGGUGCUCUAAGGAAAAUGUAGUGUAUUGUAUAUACGUAUAUUAUGUAUGUAACUGUUAUUAGGAAAAUCAUAGACAAAUCACUAACGUUUAUAUUCAAUUUACAAAAAUAAAAUAUACGAUGGUUGAGCUCCCAAAGUGAAUUCAUUUCAGUAUGACAAACAAGUCAUGACGUGAUAAUUCAUACUUUGAUCUAUAUAUUUGUAUAAUAUUGAUCACAAUUGUAUUUAUACAUUAGAAAUAAACUAUUUUGUGAGUAUGUGUAUUGAUAAUGUUGGUAUAUCUGAAAUAAUGUGGAGUGAACUCUUUGCCUUAUGUUAUUUAUUGAAGUAAAUUCUAUUACCUAUGGUAUUUUAACAAUUUUAAUAUAAUAAGUAAAGCACGCGUAUAUUUUUUAUUAUAAAUGAAAAUAUGUGUGUAUGUGUGUGUGUGUGUGAGAUUCUUCGCAGUGCGAUGCAAUGAGGGAAUUUCCACGCUCCGUUCUCCAAAAAUUACAUAGAUGGCGUUGUCGAGAUUUAACGUGAUAAAUACCUGUGUCCUCAUCACUCGAGUACAUAAUUAUUCCAAAAUACAAUGUCAUUACAGAAGUAUUAAAAAUAAUUGUUUCUUGAUAUUUGGUUCGCAUUAUGUAUAGAAUCAUGUUGUUAACUAUAUUUUGAUCAGAAUAAUAAUGGGUAGAUGAUGUAAUUGUGCCUAGGUGUAAUAAAAAGGGUCAUCAUUUAUACCCAAAAACAAAGAUAAA